CCCUGUGAUUCAGCCAUGAGCACCGGUGAUCUCCUCAGAAUCGAACCUCAAGAGCUUCAGUUCCCUUUGGAGUUGAGGAAGCUGAUCUCUUGCUCUCUCCAGCUGUCGAAUGAGACCGAUAACUAUGUAGCUUUCAAGGUGAUGACGACGAAGCCGAAGAAGUACUUCGUCAGGCCUAACACUGAAAUCGUGUUGCCUUGGUCUACCUGUGAUGUUAAAGUUACAAUGCAAGCUCAAACGGAAGCACCUCCUGACAUGAACUGCAAGGAUAAGCUUCUCUUCCAAAGUGUAACUGCAAGUCCGGGGGCGACCGCAAAGGAUAUCACGCGAGAAAUGGUAAUUAUUGACUUGAGUUCUCUUAAUGCAGAAAUUAACCUAACCGAGUCUGCCGGUGUCGGAUUCCAGUUCAAUGCAGAACCGGGCCGCGAUGUCAAAGAGUGCAAGUGGGAAAAAUGUACGAAAAGGGGAGAUGACGGGGCAGCAUUGAGGUGGGACACUGCCGAUGUUAGAGGAGACCGCAGCAGCCCAAAGCGGACGUCAAAGUGGAAUCGGAAUCGGGUACAAACGUCGCCGUCCCGCUCCCACGUUCUCUCUCUCCGUCUCUCCCUUUCUCUCUCUUGCUCGCUCCGCCUUCGCUCUCUCUCUCGCCGUCGCUCGCCGCAGGGAGAGGUUCCGCCUCCGCCUCCGCCUCCGCCUCCGCCUCCGAUCUGUCCCCGCGGUUCCGCCAUGGGUAUGGGCGAUCUCCUCAGAAUCGAACCUCAGGAGCUUCAAUUCGCUUUCGAGUUGAGGAAGCAGAUCUCUUGCUCUCUCCAGCUUUCUAACAAGACCGACAGCUAUGUAGCUUUCAAGGUGAAGACGACGAAUCCGAAGAAGUACUGCGUCAGGCCUAACACUGGAAUCAUAUUUCCUAGGUCUACCUGUGAUGUUAUAGUUACAAUGCAAGCUCAAAAGGAAGCACCUCUUGACAUGAACUGCAAGGAUAAGUUUCUCCUUCAAAGUGUAACUGCAAGUCCGGGGGCUAGCACAAAGGAUAUCACACCUGAAAUGUUCAAUAAAGAAUCGGGCCACAAUGUCGAAGAGUGUAAGCUGAGGGUCGUUUAUGUGGCUCCCCCUCGGCCUCCAUCCCCAGUUCGAGAAGGAUCAGAAGAAGGUUCCUCACCACGAGCCUCCAUUUCAGAUAAUGGAAACUUGAAUAACUUUGAAUUUACGGCUGCUUCAAAGACAUUUGAUGAGCCGCAGGACAAUUCAUCCGAGGCAAAGGCUCUAAUUUUGAAAUUGACUGAGGAGAAAAACUCAGCUAUUCAGCUAAAUAACAAGCUUCAACAGGAAUUGGAGCUUUUGAAGCGACAAACCAAGAGAGGCCACGGCGGUAUUUCGUUUAUAUACGUCGUUCUCAUCGGCUUGCUUGGCCUUAUCUUGGGGUAUCUUAUGAAGAGGACGUAACCGAUUGAUGAUCUUGUAUCCUCUGGCGCCUUUGCUCAAGAAAAUUGUAGGAUGGAAGAGGCAAAAAGAACGAAGCUUGUUCAAGAACCAGGGACCGCAAUUUGGGUGUGAGAGCAUUCUGUACCAAAGUCAGAUGUAUUUAUCAUAUUUAUUCAGUUCUCGAACGGUACAAUCGUGUGCUAACAUUACAGAGAGUUCUCUGGGAGUUGAAUAGGACCUUUGUUGAUGCAAAGCAAAGAUUGAUGACCAACUGUUUUUGGGUGAUGUAGCGCGUUCGUGACUCUUUGUUCCCCUCGCCGUAGGAAGUCUA